GGCGUGCUCGCGUCCAACCGCCUCACCUACCCGGCCCGCGCCUUCGACAUGGCGCACUGCUCCCGCUGCCUCAUCCCCUGGCAACUCUACGAUGGACUGUACCUGAUCGAGGUUGAUCGCGUGCUGCGUCCCGGAGGGUACUGGAUCCUGUCCGGGCCGCCGAUCAAUUGGAAGAAGUACUGGAAGGGGUGGGAGCGAACCAAGGAGGACCUCAACGCCGAGCAGCAGGCCAUCGAGGCCGUCGCCAGGAGCCUCUGCUGGACCAAGGUCAAGGAAGCCGGCGACAUCGCCGUCUGGCAGAAGCCCUACAAUCACGCCGGCUGCAAGGCUUCCAAGUCGCCGCCCUUCUGCUCGCGCAAGAAUCCAGACGCGGCAUGGUACGACAAGAUGGAGGCCUGCAUAACGCCGCUGCCGGAGGUCUCUAGCGCCAGAGACGUCGCCGGCGGCGCGGUGAAGAAAUGGCCGCAGCGGCUCACGGCCGUGCCGCCCAGGGUCUCCCGCGGCACCAUCAAGGGCGUCACGGCCAGGUCGUUCGCGCAGGACACCGCGUUGUGGCGGAAGAGGGUCCGUCACUACAAGUCGGUGAUCAGCCAGUUCGAGCAGAAGGGGCGGUACCGCAACGUGCUGGAUAUGAACGCGCGCCUGGGCGGGUUCGCCGCGGCGCUGGCGUCGGCGGGCGACCCCCUGUGGGUCAUGAACAUGGUCCCGACCGUGGGGAACACGACCACGCUCGGGGCCAUCUACGAGCGCGGCCUCAUCGGAAGCUACCAGGACUGGUGCGAGGGCAUGUCUACCUACCCGAGGACCUACGAUCUCAUCCAUGCGGACUCGGUGUUCACCCUGUACAGGAACAGGUGUCAGAUGGACCGCAUCCUUCUGGAGAUGGACAGGAUCCUGAGGCCCAGGGGCACGGUGAUCAUCAGGGAAGACGUGGACUUGCUGGUGAAGGUCAAGAGCCUGGCGGACGGGAUGAGGUGGGAGAGCCAGAUCGUCGACCACGAAGACGGCCCGCUCGUCAGGGAGAAGAUCCUCCUGGUUGUCAAGACGUACUGGACUGCCCAUGAGGCCAUGACCAAGAUCAGUAGCAGGACUGUGAAGUAAAAUUCUCAAUGUUGAUAAGCAUUUUUCAUGUUUGGAUUUAUACCGUCGUUUCUAGCUCCUUGAGCUAGUGAUC